AUGAGUAUUGAAGCAGAAUUGGUCGAGUUGCAAGCGAUUGAAAUAGGGAGCCCUUGGCUCGUGAUACCCGGCUUUGACUCGAGGUGGAAGCUCCCGCCAGGCCACCGGCCCGACAACGACGACUUUUGCGCUGCUACGACGGCCCACCGCACGCCCUGUCGGAUUAGCGACACCCACACGGGGAAGAAUAGCCGGACGAAGAUGGCCACGGGGUGGCCUAGCGCUAGCAUCACCCGUUGGGACCACGUCCCCGAUGGCCACGUACCCGAUGGCCACGGCCACGGAGAUGGCUACAAUCUCGGCACCGCCACUGCUACCAAGGCGACAUACAACGGUAGCAUCGACCUGGGCCUUAUCGACGCACUUCAUUUUUAUCUGGACGAGUUCGGACAGGUUGCGCCUCUCUUCGGUCUACGCGAUCUGCAGACUGAAACCGAUCUGCUUUUCGAUCUCAGCGACCCUAUGCAGCUAGGGAUUGUUUAUCCGGAUAAUACAGCAGUUAUAUUCAAUGACACCGGAAUCACUGUUCUGACCGCGGAUGGCUCGAGCGUUGUGGCUCUUGUCCUGCCAGUCAUCUACGACUAUCUCGUUCAACAAGGCGGCGGUGGUGGUGGCACUAGAAAAUCGAAGAGACGGACUUUCCAGAGACCUCAACAGGUGAAGGUGGUGGUGUUCGACCAGUGCGGGCAUACACCGACGGAUCCCUUUGACGUCGAAUUGUCAGUGGGUCCCGGGUUCAACUCUGGGUUUGACUGCAUCCCACAUGGCGAUGUUGUCAACGGAAUACCCAUGCAAGGGGUCAACGGUCUCUACAAAUGGGAAUGCACAUGGCCGAACCCCGACAGCCCAGAGCAGGAAUGCGAGGUGGCCCUGCUGCGCCAGCUGGGCUAUUACAGGGACUCCUACGGCACUGCGGUUCCUGCCACAGACUUGGUUUCGAUCUUCUCCCGGGGGCUGGGCCUAAUCCCUCCGCCUAAUGGAGCGGCUGCAAGUAUUCUCAACAACACAUGGUGGCAUUUUGUGCCGCUUUGGAGCCCCACAAUAUUGGGGCUCAACGGUCUCAUCUAUCUUGAGCAGCUCAUCGAGUCUCAGGGACUUGACCCGAACGCCACCGCCCAGAAUAUCUGCAUUGCUUAUAGCAAUCUCAACGACAACGCCAGCCCCCUCGCGAUCAUCCAACAGCACAACCACCACUUCAAACUCGACAUCAGCGACCACCUCACCCUUCUUCUGCCUCACCGUAUUCUCACAACCGCCAACAUCCGUGUCUUGGAUCUGCACCAUCCCGGGCCGUUGCGACGCAGCGCUGGCAUCAGCGUGCUCCACCUUCUGGAUGCAAGGCAACUUGCUAGACGGCUGUAAUUGUGGGUUCGACUCGCAGCAUAAACAACGAUGUUACAAAUUCCUUAAUCCCAUCACUGAAACGGAGAUUCCUUGUUUUCGAAAGGAGGAUUGCCCGGGGAAUCUGGAUUGUAAUAUUUUGUAUGUGUG